AUGAAAUUCUUGUUGCUUUGCGCUGCCUUUUUUGCGCCCUGGGCGACUGCAUUCUCCUUCAACUCUUAUGACCUGGGCUUCCAUGGCCUCUAUCCACGUCAGCACUUCCACUCGGUCGAUUUGGAGCCGCCCGCGCCCAAGAUUACGAAGUGGGAUUCCCGCUGUGACACUGGCGGAAGCCUCCUCCUCACACCAAGGGGCCCAUGGGUGACAGGUGCAGCACGGGGCCCUGUCAUAUUGGAUCCCAGAGGCAACUUGGUAUGGAUGGGCAAUGGUCAGUUUGAACAGGCCAUGAAUUUGAACGUCCAGAAGUACAAGGGCCAAGACUAUUUGACCUUUUGGACCAAAAUCAAGAAGAGCCGCAAUGCCAAGCACUCCAAGAAAUCCUACGUGAUGCUUGACUCUUCCUACCAAGUGGCUUAUAAGAUCAAACCACAUGGUUCCGGCCUCAAAGCAGACUCUCACGAGUUUCGCAUCACUCCUCAAGGCACGGCACUUGUCAUCAUCUACCACAAACGCCAAACCGACUGUACCGAGCUAGGAUUAGGCAAGAGCUGCUGGAUCCAAGAUGGCGUUUUCCAGGAAAUCGAUAUUGAAACAGGAAAGCUCAUUUUUGAGUGGCGUGCUACCGACCACGUCCGCAUGAACGAUGUCUUCAGCAGCCCUUGCCGAAAGGAUGGGUACGGCACAUCGAAAAAGGAUGCCUUUGAUUUCUUCCACAUCAACAGCGUUGACAAGAUGGAUAAUGGUGACUACAUCAUCUCCGCACGCUACUUGCACGCCGUGGCCUGCAUCAGUGGUAAAACAGGUGAAAUCUUAUGGCAGCUCGGCGGCAAGAACAACAACUUCCAAGAUCUCGAUACCGCCACCGAUUUUGCCUGGCAACAUCAUGUCACGUGGCAGGGCAACAAUACGCUGUCCCUAUUUGACAACCAUGCCAACAGCGUCAUUCAUGGUCCCUCCCAACACAGUAAGGGCAUGAUCAUUCGACUGGACAUGGACAAUAUGACCGCCAGCCUCAUCCAAAAAUACGUCCACCCUGACAAGAUUCUCAACGUAUCCCAAGGCUCAGUGCAGAUUAUUCCUGAGAGUGGCAAUGUGCUGGUCGGAUUCGGUAAUUCGCCAACCUACGUUGAAUACACAGCAGACGGCCAGGUACUAUGCAACAUGCACUAUGCGCCCCACAUCGCUUUUGAGUUGGUCGACUUUGGCUUGGCCAAAUCCUACCGUGUAUUCAAGAGUCCGUGGGUUGGAAGGCCAAAGACAGUACCGGAUGUCAAGAUUAAGAACGGAAAAGCCUACGUGAGUUGGAACGGAGCAACAGAAGUCACAGGGUGGCGAUUACAGACGGCAAAGACCCUUGCAGCAACCGAUAACGAAUAUGUGACGGUUCAAGAGUUGCAGCGUGAUGGAUUUGAGACGAGCUUUUCGCUUGACAAUACCCAUGACUAUAUCAGGAUUGUGGCAUUAGAUGCCGCUAAAGACGCCAUGGCAUCCUCCUUAGCCGUGAAGACGCCUGGCGGUCGGUCGGUCGCACUUCAAAUUUUCCUGUUUCUGAUGCUCUGCUUCGCAUUAUUGAUAUCCACCUUGGCCGUCUCCUUAUUUUUUGUCCGAAGGGUUCCCGCAUUUCGCCAGCUUUCCAAACUAUCCGAUUUUAGAGCCCGGAUGUACAGGGCCACGAGGAGGAAUCGGGAAUAUGACUAUGAGACCGACCCUCUCCUCAUGAAUGACAGAGAUGAUUGAGCUUUUCUCUCUGAUUGUCUUGUUCUGCAUGUGCAUUGCUCAAUCAGGAGUUGUGUGGAAAGGAUCAGUUCCAAGGAAUUUAGCCUAUGCAGCCAACGCAAACGGUCAGAUGAGGCGUUCUGAGUUCUAGGGAUUAUUGAAAAAGGUCGAACAGUGUACCUCAAUAGUAUCAUCUGACCUACCCAGGAUUUUUCUUUUCGCGGUUACAGGAGAGCCAUGCAAGUUUCAAUGCGAGAAAUCUCUUGACACGGAAA